UGAAACCCACCAACGCGACGCGUAGCCCACCGGUACCACGCACGACCGAACUAGCACAGCACUUAGGCAGCGGCGGCGGCGAUGGGAGGAGAGGCCACGAGUGCCGGCGGCGGGGGGUUCCGCGCGCGUAUUGACCACUACCUCUACAGCGGCGAGAAGAAGCAUGUCUUCGCCGGCAUCGCCAUCUUCGCCGCCGUCUUCGGCGUCCCCUGGUACUUCAUGACCCGAGGGGCAAAGCACCAAUCCCACCAAGAUUACAUGGAAAAAGCUAACAAGGCGAGGUCGGAGAGGCUUUCUUCUGGACAGCCACCGGCACUGAAAGAAUGAAGUAGUAUUACCUAUUUCUGGUCCCUGACAUUGAAAGCUCAGCAUACUCUGUUUUGAUGUAUUAUCGGAGGAUUUGGUAUGUUGUCAAAUAAGCAGAUUAUCUUUCUUUCUUAUUUCAUUAGCUAUAGAAACCAAGUCUGGCGUAAUACGUCACAAGAAUUUUUGUCAACUGGAGCCUCCGUGCCCACCUUUUGUGCU